GGCGACAGAAAACUGGCCGGACAGAAAGCGGGAGCAAUCGUGGAGGGGCUCGAAACGUACAAUCGACAUUAAAUAAUUAUUUAAUUCACAAACUACACAUAAAGUUCGUAUACACAUAUCGUAUCAAUUAAGCUAUGGCCGAUACUGCAGACAGAAAUGGGAGUAUUUCACCACUUGAAUCGGAGUUGUAUUACUUGAUAUCGCGCUUUUUGAGCACGGGGCCGUGUCGGAAAGCUGCCGAGGCACUUGUGUGUGAGCUGGAGGAAAAUCAGCUCCUUCCACGUCGAUUGGAUUGGGAAGGAAAUGAGCACCCGCGAUCUUAUACAGAUUUGGUUGCUGCCAACAGACAUAUCGCCCCAGACCACUUGCUGCAGAUAUGCAAGCAGAUUGGGCCUAUUCUGGACCGAGAGGUGCCAUCUGGUGUGCUGGGAGUGCACUCUUUACUGGGGGCUGGGAAGCACUCUUUAUUGCGAACAUCAAAAGACUGUGGCAGUUGUAGUUGGAAAGCAUCGACUUUUGCUGCACUUCACAGAGGGAGACCACCAGAGAGGCCUUUAAGCUGCAGGGAUGCUCCAAAUAUAGUGGAGGUGUGCCGAGGCAGAGAGCUCACCGGAGCUCAGAGCUUCAGUUCUGUGAACCCCGUCAGCAAUUAUCAACACAUGAGGAUGCACAGGAGGAUUCUGGGCCAUCUCUCUGCCGUGUACUGUAUCGCCUUUGAUCGGACAGGUUCCAGGAUAUUUACGGGUUCAGAUGAUGCCUUGGUGAAGAUAUGGUCCUCCUUUGACGGGAGGCUUCACUCCACUCUCAGAGGACAUCAUGCAGAGAUAUCAGAUCUUGCUGUUAACUUUGAAAAUACCCUUAUUGCGGCUGGGAGCUGCGACAAAACCAUUAGAGUCUGGUGCCUUCGUACCUGUGCCCCGGUGGCAGUCCUCCAGGGACACAGUGGAUCUAUUACAUCUUUACAGUUCUCUCCAUUUGUCAAGGGCUACAAAAGGUACAUGGUCUCCACUGGAACUGAUGCAACAGUGUGUUUCUGGCAGUGGGAUGUGAAUAAUAAUGGUUUCAGUGAUCGUCCACACAAAUUCACAGAGAAGCCAAGACCGGGUGUUCAAACUGUCUGCUCAUCCUUCAGCCCUGGUGGCAUGUUCCUUGCAACAGGAAGCACUGAUGAUGUCAUCAGGAUAUACUACAUGGGCAGUGGCAGUCCAGAAAAACUAGCCGAGCUUGACUCUCACACAGACAAGGUGGACAGUAUUCAGUUCUGCCAUUCAGGAGAGAGGUUUGUGAGUGGCAGUCGAGAUGGCACUGCUCGGAUUUGGCGUCUGCAUCAGAGACAUCAGUGGAACAGUAUUUUAUUGGAGAUGUCUGCCACUCUUCCAGGGUCUACACCUUUAACAGAGGACGAAAGUUUCUUUAAACCCAAAGUCACCAUGGUUUCCUGGGAUCGCCAUGACAACACUGUCAUAACGGCUGUCAACAAUCAUCUCCUCAAAGUGUGGAAUUCCUACACAGGACAGUUGCUUCACAUACUAAAAGGUCAUGAGGCGGAGGUGUUUGUUUUGGAGCCACACCCCUAUGACCCCCGAGUCAUGCUUUCUGCUGGCCAUGAUGGAAAUGUCUUCAUAUGGGACCUCAUUAGAGGCACCAAAAUUCUCCAUUACUUUAAUAUGAUUGAAGGUCAAGGACAUGGUGCCGUGUUUGACUGUAAGUUCUCACCUGAUGGUCAUCGCUUUGCCUGCACAGACUCUCAUGGACAUCUGGUUAUUUUUGGCUUUGGGAGCUCCAAGCCUUAUGAAAAGCUUCCAGACCAGGUCUUCUUCCACACAGACUACCGGCCACUGAUCCGGGACUCAAACGGGUUUGUUCUGGAUGAACAGACUCAACAGGCCCCUCACCUCAUGCCGCCUCCCUUCCUGGUGGACGUGGACGGCAACCCUCAUCCUCCCAGAUUCCAAAGACUGGUCCCAGGAAGAGAAAACAUUGCAGACGAACACCUUGUUCCUCAACUCGGCUACGUCGCUACAAGUGAUGGUGAAGUGGUGGAGCAGGUGAUCAGUCAGCAGCCCGUGGAGAGUGAGGAGCCUCACCACAGUGCCCUGGACUACGCCAUCAGUCAGCUUCGGGAACAUCAGGACAGACAGGCUGCACCUCAGGUGGAGGGUGUUGUUCCUGCCCCUGCACGUGUACCAGAGCCCGGGACACCACGCAGAGUGUCAUUGAACGAGCGCAUGGAGGUACAGUCUCCCCCUAAUGUGGGUUUACGGCGAAGUGGACAGGUUGAGGGAGUGCGGCAGAUGCAUCAGAAUGCUCCUCGCAGUCAGAUGGCAACAGAAAGAGACCUUCAGGCCUGGAGACGCCGAGUGGUCGUGCCAGAGCUUACAGUGAGCAAAUACAGGACACAGGAGUCAUUCAGAUCAGCCAAGGGUGAUGAGGAAGUUACCCUUUACAUCACAAAGAAACGAAGAGUGACCCAUGCAAGCUUCAGGGAUGAUUCGGAUGAAGAAGGGCCAUAUGUCAAACGUUCACAGUCACGCAAACGGCACAAAAACGCUGCACGAAAAGAGAGUCUGGCUGAAGAGUACAUAGAGUUCUCAUGUGAGGAACGCGAAGAGACGUCAUCUUCUGAGGACAGUGAAAUAGAGGGAAGUGAUGCUGAUUCAUCUGUUGAGGAUGAAGAGGAAUGGAACAGUGAUAGUUCAAGCCACUCCUCCAGUGAUUAUUCUGAUUGGACGGCAGACGCUGGAAUCCGUGUGCGGCCGCCGGUGUCUCCUUCCUCCCGAAGGCGUGCUAGGCGCAGGAUCAGCAGCUCUGAGGAAGAGGUGGAAGAUGAUGCAGCAGAUGAGGAGCAAACUCUUGAUGAAGAAGAGCAAAUGUCUUCACCACAAAAGCACAAGAAAUCCAUAAGCAAAACACCCAAGCGCCCAAAACCAAGGCCGUCCAUUAACCGGAAUAUCUCAAAUGAGUUCCGUCCCUCAGCCUGGGUCACUGAUGCCAUUCCUAGAAAGUCUCCGUUUGUCCCUCAAAUGGGAGAUGAGGUUAUCUAUUUUCGUCAGGGUCAUGAGGCGUAUGUGGAUGCGGUCUGUAGGAAUAAUCUGUACCCCAUUAACCUAGACAAACAGCCAUGGAAGAAGAUGGAGUUAAGAGACCAAGAGUUUGUGAAAAUAACAGGAAUAAAGUAUGAAGUUUGCCCUCCAACUUUGUGUUGUUUGAAACUGACACAGAUCGACCCAGGAACAGGCAACGUGACAGACAAAUCCUUCUCAAUAAAAUAUCAUGAUAUGCCAGAUGUAAUUGAUUUCCUGGUUCUGCGUCAAAGCUAUGAUGAGGCACGGAACAGAGUGUGGAAGAAGAAUGACCGGUUUCGCUCUGUGAUCGAUGACGCCUGGUGGUUUGGGACCAUAGUUUGUCAGGAGCCCUAUCAGCUUGAGUAUCCAGACAGCCAUUUUCAGUGCUUUAAAGUCAAGUGGGACAAUGGUGAGACAGAGAAGCUGAGUCCAUGGGAUGUGGAAGCUAUUCCUGAAAAUGCUCAACAGCCAGUGUCAGUGGGUGCAGGGGUGCCAGUGACUGAUGAGGAAAUUAUUGAAAUCCUGUAUAAACCUCAGGGGGCUGACUGGGGCGAUCGGGGACGAGAGGCAGAGAGUGCACGCAUCAUCGCAGGCAUUGAACAGCUCAUCACUGUUGAUAUCACUGCACCUUUCUCUGGUCCAGUGGACCUCGUUCAGUAUCCUGCAUACUGUUCCAUCAUUGCAUAUCCUACAGACCUGAACACCAUCAAAAUGAGGCUAAAGCACAACUUCUAUAGGAGGCUGUUUGCACUGAUCUGGGAUGUAAAACACAUUGAACAAAAUGCCAAGACCUUCAAUGAGCCCCGCAGCAAGAUUGCACAAUCUGCCAAAAUCAUAACAAAUGUUCUCUUGAAGUUCAUAAGUAAACCUCAUUGUACGGAUAUUAUGGAGAUCUACAAUGCUGUAGAAAACAUGGAGUACUCUGAAGAAGAGGACCUGGAUGACAUUAAUGCACCUGGAACCUCUGCAGGACAAAGACUUCAUCAGCCUUCACUGGAGGUUGUGCCUGACAGGGACACAUGGAAGGACCAGUGCAAGUCUCUGUUGGCCCACAUGUUUGUGUGUCAGGACUCUGAGCCUUUCCGGAAUGCCGUAAAUCAGAACGAAUAUCCAGACUAUUCGAAUAUUAUCCAUACGCCCAUGGACCUUGAAACUGUUCGGCAGAAUCUCGAAGAUGACCAUUAUGAAAAUCCCACUGACCUUUGCAAGGACACCAGGCUAAUGUUUUCUAAUGCAAAAGCCUACACACCCAACAAACGGUCAAAGAUUUAUAGUAUGACUUUGCGACUCUCAGCAUUUUUUGAGGACAGUAUACGAAAAAUAAUUUCUGAAUACAAGUCUGCUGUCAAAAGUAGCUUAAAGCUGCGGCGCAGUCAACGAUUCAAAAAGUUGCAGCAUCGAGAGUCUGCUUCCUCCAGCCAAGAGUCCACACGUCAAAAGAGGGCUACUGUUAAAACUCAGGAAAAUACAGAACAUUCUAAAACUAAAUCUACCUCGGCCAAAGUGUCUGCACCAAAGCGCCGCAGGGGCAAUGAUUCCAAGAAUGGCUUUAGACAAAACAGCUCAUCUUCUUCUGGGUCUGAUCAUGACAGCAAGCAGUCUUUGAGUGAGUCUGAAGAGGACAAGCUACCAUCACCCUCAUCUCGUGGAUUCAGGCGAGAGACUAGAGCUACAAGAAGAGCUGCACAAAAUAAAGGAGAAAAACUCAGACACAAGAGCCAUGCCAAGGUGAAUGGGCACAGCAGAUCGUCAGCCCAAGAGCUUCAGAGAGCACGACCUUGCAGCGACUCUGAACAGGAGCCAUCGCAAGGCUCAGAGGCCUCCGACAUAGAUUCGUCGUCGUCUUUCAGUCGCCGUCCAAGUGCCCGCAAGACUGCCAUGGCAGCAGUCAAUAAGAUAAAACUCAUGGAAAACGUGGAGGACGAGGUUGGCUCUGAUGAGGAGGGUCGUAGAAGCACCAGACGAAACUUGACCCCUGCUAUCAAACGCACCGCUAUCCUCCAGAGCAGUUCUGGUUCAGAGCAACAGGACACUUCACAGGACGAAUCAAAUGAAAGUGAUGCUUCAGCCAGUGAAGAAGAGAAAAGUGAUGCUUCAGCCAGUGAAGAAGAGAAAAGUGAUGUCAGUGCUGCCAGUGAAUUCUCAUCUCAUGGCAAAGAGAAGAGUAAAAGAGCUGUCUGUAAAUCAUAUAGAAGAGCAGAAAUAAAGGAGAGCCAUGCCAAGGUGAAUGGGCACAGUAAAUCGUCAGCCCAAGAGCUUCAGAGAGCACGAACCUGCAGCGACUCUGAACAGGAGCCAUCGCAAGGCUCAGAGGCCUCCGACAUAGAAUCAUCGUCGUCUUUCAGUCACCGGCCAAGUGCCCGCAAGACUGCCAUGGCAGCAGUCACUAAGAUAAAACUCAUGGAAAACGUGGAGGACGAGGACGGCUCUGAUGAGGAGGGUCAUAGAAUCACCAGACGAAACUUGACCCCUGCUAGCAAACGCACCGCUAUCCUCCAGAGCAGUUCUGGUUCAGAGCAACAGGACACUUCACAGGACGAAUCAAAUGAAAGUGAUGCUUCAGCCAGUGAAGAAGAGAAAAGUGAUGCUUCAGCCAGUGAAGAAGAGAAAAGUGAUGCUUCAGCCAGUGAAGAAGAGAAAAGUGAUGCUUCAGCCAGUGAAGAAGAGAAAAGUGAUGCUUCAGCCAGUGAAAAAGAGAAAAGUGAUGCUUCAGCCAGUGAAAAAGAGAAAAGUGAUGCUUCAGCCAGUGAAAAAGAGAAAAGUGAUGCUUCAGCCAGUGAAGAAGAGAAAAGUGAUGUCAGUGCUGCCAGUGAAUUCUCAUCUCAUGGCAAAGACAAGAGUAAAAGAGCUGUCCAUAAAUCAUAUAGAAGAGCAGAAAAAAAGGAAACUUGUUACAUUAAUGGGCACAGCAACAAAUGCCAACGUGAAAAAAGUGAGUACAACUCAGAUAAUGGGCAGAGUCUAAAUGAAAGUUUGGAUGACGAGUCGGACAAAGACCUCAUCGUCAGGCGAAAACCCGGCAGGAUAACAGCGAAAGCCGCUUUCAGUAAAAUACAAAAACUGAAUCACAGUGAUGCAGAGGAAACGAAUUGCUCCAGGGAGCGACAUCGGAAACAUCGGCCAAGCAAGAAGAAUUCCAAAAGAAGUUCUUAUGACAAUGCCGAGGUGCCAAAUGCACAAAAGCACCCUCAUCACAAUGGAAUGAAGGUGGAUGUUAAAAUCCUGAAGAGGAGUAAAUUGCCACUAGCAAACCAAGAACAAGCUUCUGCCUCAAAACUGCAAGUCAUCCACAAGAAAACCUCAGCCACAGAUGUAUUAACGCCAACAACCCAGGAAUCUGAGGAACUUGACGAUGUUCCAGAGAAAUCUGUUACACACAGGAAGUUAAUUAUUUCCGAAGAUGUUAAUGAAGAGAAGCAAGGCGAUAUUGCAGAACAAAGUUCAUGCAGAAACCGAAAGUGGGCACCGAACUCUCGAAAGAAGAUGCAGGAUUCAAGGUCAGAUGCUUCUAGUUUAGAGAGCUUAAAGAAGUUAGACAGACAUCAGAGAAAAAAGGACUGUACUUCCUCCGAUGAUUGGCAACAGAGUGAUGACUCGGAACAACACAAGAAAACAUAUCUAAGAAAAAGGCCUUGCCUUACAGCUGCAUCCAAAAGAGUCUGUCUAAGAGCUCUUCCCAAGAAAAACUACAUCAUGGAGGACUCUGAUGAAGACUUCAAUUCAGAAAUGGAAAUGCAGUCAAAGAAUGGAAGGAGCCAGGAGCAGGCUAAUUCCCAUGAAAGAGAGCCAUCAGGGUACUCUUUCAAACGGAAACACACCAGCACCUCCGAUUCUGAAGACAAAAGUAGGACCAGUGAUGAAAAUGAGUGUAUGGAACCUAAACGAAAGAGAUUAAAAUCCUCCAAGCAUUUUAAGAAUGAUUCAAUAGACUCUGAAGCCAACUUCGAAACCAGGGGCAAAACGGAGAAUGGUCCAUCAUGCAGCAAACGAGAGAGAUCGUCAGAGGAGAAGCCUCCCAAAUCGACCCACCAACAAAAAGUGCGUUGUGACCCUAAACAGAAGAAAAGUGAAAUCUUCAGCAGCAAUGAUGUAAGCAGCUCUGAGAGUGAAGAGAGGACAUCAGGUAAAUUGGAUCACAGCUCAGGUUCACAAAUCAGUCCAAAGAGAAGUCUAAGAGGCCGCUCGAGAAAACGGCGGAGAGCUCUUUCUGACAACGAUAGCGACACAUCAUUUAGGAAACCUCCACAGGCCACGCGCAUCCGGACCAGAAAUGGAGGCAAGCGAACUGUCAGUUACCAAGACAGUGAAUGAAGGACUUGGAAGAGACACUAACUGGAGACCUUGAAGAGACUUAGUUGUCCUAAAAUAAUACAUGGUAGUAGCACUGGAGUCCUCGAUAUACUGUGAAUCGGUUUCAUUCAGGGAUAUUUAUAUUUUCUAUGAAAAAAAACGGAGAAAUGAUUUAUAAAUAAGAUGUAUUUGAUGUACUGGUUUGGCUAUUCAAACCAGCUCCACUCUGUGAUUUGGCCAACAGGAAAGACUGCAUAGAGAAGCUUGGGUGCUAUCUUAAUAUACCUCCUGUAAAUCAAGCAUAUUUUGCGGGCUUGCACUAAAAGGCAUACUGUAAUGACAUUUUAUACACUAGUUCUGCAUUAAAAACUCAGGGGUCAACUAUGUUUAUUUUCUCAGACUUGCAUUUUUUUUUUUUUUUUUUUUUUGUAGGUUUGAGGUGAGCAUUAAAGUACAAACACACUUUAGGAAAAUGAGCAAGUUAUCUUUGACUAUGACACUUGAAUUCUGUUUUGUCACUGUUGAAGGGAUGUUUGAGCCAAAAUGUACAAAGUUUCCUUUUCCUGUCAUCUUUUUAUUUGGUUCUCAUUUGUUUGAUAUUAAUGUUUUUCUUUGACAUCUUUACAGAGGUUUCAGAAUCAGUUUGUAGCAAAGCAUUAUAUAUUUAAAUGUUUCUUUGUUAAGCAUUUUUUUUUUAUUAUUAUUAUUCAAUUUAAAUGCAUUGUCAUGCCAUGUACUAUGAAUUGGUACCUGUUUGCUAAAUACAGUAAAUCAGAUUAGUACUUGCAGAAAAGUACUGUGAUUUCUCAUAUUGGGAAGAAGUUUUAGUAAUCUGUGUUGCAUACUUUCAGUAUUAAUUCCUUUUCAGAUUUAACUUAUGAACAGCAAUUAACUUUUGUAUCCAGUCUUUGAAUUGUGCAUCACAGUUUAUGUAAUACAGUUGUCAAAUAGCAUUUUUGCUUGAUGUCUUUUUCAUAAGAGCUUAUACUUUAAUACAAGUUUUCACUGAAGACGUUAAGCUUGUUGGCCACUGAAGUGAGAGAGGGAUAACUUUGAAUAAAGUACUGUUGCAGG